AUGACCGCUGCAGGAGUUGUCAGCAGCACAGCAUUACGCAUUGUCCAUCGUACAUGGAUUGACUAUUGGGAACGUUCACCGCACUACCCAGCCACCCCACACACUUCAAGCUGGCACAUAGAUCCCCGAUCCGUCAGAGUCGGAGGGAUGAUGAUGAUAUGGUCCAAUCAACUCAAAGUAUUAUGUGUUGAUGCAUUAAUGCAGCUAGUUUGUGUUACUCGAUUCCACGAGGUCGAUGCGUGCGGAGUCUGGGAUUCAAGUUUGAUUAUUACGGGACGUUUUUGCAAUGCAUUUGAUUAUUACGUGCAGAGAGUUUGGCUUGUCGGGACGUUUUUACAAUAUAACCGAUUAUUACGUGCUGAGAGUUUGGCUUGUCGGGGAUUCGCAUUUUCGAGAUCAACUCGUUUUACAUUUCCAUUUCCAUUUCCAUUUCCUGACACCCUACAAAUACCAAUAAUGAGCUCACUGUGGUCCCGUCUCAACAUCCUAUCGGCUGAUUAUCCAAAACAGUCUUGCCGUAGUGUGCAAAACACUAUUCUCCAACCAACCAAUGCUUGUGAAAAUGCACCACACCUUGCCGAAGCAAGCAUGAAUCCAGAAAGUUCAAAUCAGGAAAACAUAUAUACUGAUAUGUAUACAUCCAGUGCAAUCAGUACAAUCAAUGAUCCAAGAAUCCCUGCUUCACCAAUCUCAUCCUUGAUUGCGGCAGCCAGAAUAUUGCAAUUUGAAAAACAGCGUGACGCUCCAGAAUCAGUUACAUCACAUACAACACACACACCAGAAUCAGCUGUGAAUAAUCAUUCAGUUGAACCUAUCGAAUCCUAUAGUGACGUCCACAAAUCUAUGCUGUCAUACAGCUAUGCGAAACGAGCUUUAGCGUGUGACAAAGAGUUUUUUGAAACUCGGUAUAAAGCUGAUCAGAUGAUGUACACAAGGAGUAAGCUUCCCGAUGAGGUUGAUAGAUUGAGAGUAUGUCAGCCUAUGUCAUCACUCAGCAAUUCUAUCCGUCACCGGGAGCACUUCCGGUACCGAGGGUAUGUUAGAAAACUACCCCUAGGUCGCCGCCUGAUCAACAUGCUGGUGCUCAAAAGCUCCAUAAAUGUUGUCAACUCGGUGAGGCAGAGCCGCAGGUCUGAGGUUUUGGUUGACAUAACCGAGCCAACUUCAGACUGCUCUGAGAUCCCCAUGGAUGUUGAAAUUCCCAUGGGUGAUGCCGAGGAUCCCGUGGGUGUCGAGGAUCUGCCAGCACCUACAUUCCCAGGUAUUGAGGUUGACUUCAUGCCGGGAGUGCGCAUCCUGGUGGAUACUGUCAAAGUUCCACGCCUUGCUGAGACUCUUCAGCAUCUUUCCCAAACCGGGGCUGGGUUUGGAAAGAUCCUGGAGAGUCUGAUUGCUGCAUAUGAAGAUGGAUAUCAUAUGCAGCAACAGCAAGGAUCCCAGGAUGCUGGCAGUUCCGAGUCUUUUUUGGCUGAGCGACCAAAAAAGACGGUCCGAUUCGCUCUGGAUGACGCUCCAUCCAAACCACUAGAUACUACAAAUGCGUGUGAUCCGGUAAAGGACACACUGGCAGGAGUGGAGCAGCCAAGCGUCAAGUCCAAGUCCAAGGCUGGAAAAAAAAUGCCCAAACUUGCAAAGCAGACCGAGCUGAAAAAGGCUCGUGGGUCUGUCAAGCGGGUCAAGCCGGAGCAGGUCUCCAAGUUGGUCAAGCAGACCAAACCAAAAAAUACUUGGUCUGCUAAAGUAGCACCAACCUUGCAAGACGUUGCAAAGUUGGAGUUACUUAACCAACAGCGAGACCUGCGAGCGGCGCGGCGGCGCAACACGAGCAGUGCUCCUGUCAUUGAUACUUGUAUCAAGGAGCGAUCUUCCAGAAAACGGAAGAUCAACUGCGAGGUUGACGCAGAUCAACCCCAUCCUCCGCGAAAUCCAAAGCGGAGAUGGAUGAUCUAA